AUGGAUAAAUCUUGGAUUGGAAUGCCUAGAACCACAACUAAAUAUUUGAUUGGGUUGAAUCAAUUUCUAGAUUUUGCAUUUACGAACGGAGCUGUAAGAAAUAAAAUAAAAUGUCCGUGUCCUAAAUGUGGGAAUGAGAAGUGGCAGACUAGAAAUAUAGUGUACAAUCAUUUGAUCGACAAGCCAUUCCCUCAAAAUUAUGUCACUUGGGUUAUGCAAGGGGAAACAGAUCUAUUGCAAAACUCCGGAAACAUAGAGAUUAUCCCAGAUACAUUGCCUCCUGAAAAUCCUAUAGAAUUAUUAAUUAAUGAAGCAUUUCAGGGCUCAAGGCAUAAGCACAUUUAUGUAGGUCCGUCACAAGUAGUUGGAGAAGAAGAAAUGUUAAAUGAUACUCCUUCAAAUAACAAAGAUUUUUUUGAGUUGCUUAGAGAUGGAAGUGAAGAAUUAUUUGAAGGGUCCAAGUACUCAAAGCUAGAGUUUUUGUUAAAGUUGUAUCAGAUAAAGUGUUCGUCUGGGCUAAGUGACAAGGGAAUGACUAUGAUUCUAGAUAUACUUAGGGAUGCAUUUGAGUUUGCAAGGAUCCCUAAUUCUUUCUACGAGGCCAAGAAAACCAUAAAAAAGCUUUCUCUUGAUUAUAUCAAGAUAGAUGCUUGUCCGAAUGAUUGCAUGUUGUACUGGGGAGAUGAUGCUGAUGAGGAAACAUGUAAGCAUUGUCACGUCUCUAGAUGGAAGCCUAACAGGAAGAGAAACACUAAUCAUGUGCCUGCUAAAAAGAAGAAGCAAAAGAAAAUGCCUGCAAAAAUAUUACGUUACUUUCCGCUAAAACCAAGAUUGCAAAGAUUGUUCAUGUGCUCUAAGAUUGCAGAGCAUAUGCGAUGGCAUGCAAAGAAUAGUAAUGGAGAUGUAAUCAUGAGGCAUCCUAGAGAUGGUGAGGCGUGGAAGAGGUUUGAUACUACUUUUCCUGAAUUUGCUUCUGAUCCCCGAAAUGUUCGUUUAGGCCUAGCUAGUGAUGGUUUCAAUCCUUUUGGGGCGAUGAGUACUACUUAUAGCAUUUGCCCAGUGAUUUUGAUUCCAUAUAACCUGCCACCUUGGUUGUGUACGAAGCAACCAAAUUUGAUCCUAUCAAUGAUCAUUCCAGGUCCACGUACGGUAGGGAAUAAUAUAGAUGUAUACCUACAACCCCUUGUUAAGGAGUUGAAUGAGUUAUGGUGUGAAGGUGUGGAAACUUUUGAUUCAUCAAAGAAUGAAAUGUUUAGAAUGCGAGCAACUCUUAUGUGGACAAUCAGUGACUUUCCCGGACUUGAUAUUUUAUCCAGUUGGAACACACAUACUGGUUUUGCAUGUCCCUCUUGCAAUUUUGACACAGAACCUUGUCGACUUCGUCACAGUAAAAAAUGGUGCUUUAUUGGUCAUCGCCGAUUUUUGGCAGGAAAUCAUAAAUUUAGAUUGAUGAGACAUCAUUUUUUUGGCAAUGUGGAGGAGAGGAACCCGCCAAGAAAGUUAUCCGGGUCAGACAUUUUGCAACAAGUGAAGGAAAUUGAUGUUACAUUUGGAAGACCAACAGAGUUGAAUAAUAGAAGGAAAAGAAAUAGACAAAGAAAUGUUGGGGAAAAUGUAACUCAACAAUGGAGAAAAAAAAGCAUAUUCUUUAAUCUUCCAUAUUGGGAAUUCAACUUGUUACGCCAUAAUUUAGAUGUUAUGCACAUUGAGAAGAAUGUGUUCGACAAUGUUAUAUACUCUUUGCUAAAUGAUAAACAUAAAUCAAAGGAUCAUGUUAAUGCUCGAAAAGAUCUACAAGAUAUGGGUAUAAGGCGCGAUCUAUGGCCAGACGAGAAUGAGAAUUGUUGGCUUGCUGCAUUUACCAUUCCAGUUAAUAAGAGACUUGCCUUUCUCAAAACUUUAAAGAAUGUCUCUGUGCCGGAUGGUUACUCAAGUAAUAUUUCUCGUGGUAUUGAUCUGGAUAAUAAGAGGAUAUUUGGAUUAAAGACUCACGAUUGUCACAUCAUUAUGGAGCAAUUAUUGCCCAUAGCAAUUCGAAAUGUGCUUCCAAACCAGGUUGUGGCAACCUUGGUAGAGGUUUCUUCAUUUUUUAGACAACUUUGUUCGAAAACCUUGAGCCUCUCGGACCUUGAAAAGCUACAAGAUCGGAUUGUACUCACACUUUGCCACUUAGAGAUAUUGUUCCCUACAUCCUUUUUUACUGUAAUGGUUCAUUUAACUGUCCAUCUAGUGGAUGAAGUAAUGAAAGGUGGUCCGGUACAUUAUCGGUGGAUGUAUUUUGUUGAAAGAUUGUUAGGCCAUUUCAAGUCCCUUGUAGGGAAUAAAUCACAACCAAAAGGUUCCAUAGCUGAAGGUUACAUAGUUGAAAAAGCUCUGACUCUUUAUUCUCGUUAUUUUGAGGAUAUGGAGUCGAGAGUAAAUAGGCCUAAACGUGUAAAUGAUGAACCAAAUCAUAACAUGGCUCCUGAGGAAUCAUCGUUGUUCCCUCCACAAGGUAAACCUGUCGGAGGCUCAAAUUUCCCUUUGACUCAACUGGAGAAGACUCAAGCUCAUCGCUAUGUGUUACUUAACUGUGCAGCAGUAAAGCCGUUUAUUGAGUAA